AUGCCAUCCGAAACCCCCUUUCAAAUCAACAUCCCUGACAAGAAACUCAGUAUCCUUCGAGCUAAACUUGAGCUCGCCACUUUCCCGGAUGAACUUCAGGAUAUCGGCUGGAGGCACGGCCCACCUUUGGCGGAUAUGAAACGGCUCGUGGAGAGGUGGAAAAACGGGUACGACUGGCGCAAAUAUGAAAAGGAAUUGAACCAAGAGCUGCCGAUGUUCACCCGCGACAUCGACGUGGAUGGUUUCGGCGCGCUGAACAUUCACUAUGUUCACAAGAAGAGCGAAACUGUUGACGCCAUUCCGCUGUUGUUUUGUCAUGGAUGGCCCGGAAGUUUUAUAGAAAUCAGGGGAAUGUUAUCCCUCUUGACUGCGUCGUCCCCUAAACAUCCUAGUUUCCAUGUUGUGGCGCUUAGUUUGCCUGGUUUUGGCUUUUCGGAGGGUGCUCACAAACCUGGCUUUGGUCUUGAUCAAUAUGCUGAGGUAACCCACAAACUCAUGAUUGCUCUCGGGUACAACGAGUAUGUGACCGAGGGAGGCGACUGGGGUUUCCUCAUCACUCGGAGGAUGGCUGCUAAGUAUGGUGGAAAGCAUGUCAAGGCAUGGCACACCAAUUUUCCGAUGGCCGACCCACCGACUUGGAAAUCGCCCCUGUCUUUCUUGUCGUACUUGCUAACCCCUUAUUCCGCAGAAGAGAAGGCGGGACUUGAGCGCACUGCGUGGUAUCGCAACAAAUCUUCCGGCUACUUUGUUGAGCAGAGCACCUUCCCACAGACACUCGCUUACGGUUUUACGGAUAGCCCUGUUGCACUGCUUGGUUGGUUUUACGAGAAAUUGGUCAUCUGGACUGACGACUACAAAUGGACUGAUGACGAAGCGCUGACAUGGAUCUCCAUAUACUGGUUCUCCCGUGCUGGUCCCGGUGCUGCCCAUCGCAUUUACUCCGAGGUGGCUGGCGAUUUUUACAACUUGGGUCGUACUAGUUACCCCACUGUUCCUAUGGGAGCAUCAUAUUUCCCACAGGAGCUCCUACUCUUACCCUCGGCAUGGCUACGCAGGUUGAAUAACGUUGUGAUCGAGUCCCAUCAUAAGUCAGGAGGCCAUUUUGCUGCCUAUGAACGGCCGGAAGAGCUUACUGAAGAUGUGCGAAAGAUGUUCGCGAAGGGGGGUCCCGCAUUCGGAGUUGUCCCUGGAAAAAGUGGAUAUGCUUAA